UGGCUGAGGCACCUCGCCAGCAGCAGAGCGCGUUCAGGCUGCGCGGCGACGGAGCGCGACCACCGUUGUUACAGGGGGGGUGGGGGGAGGCCAAUCCCAUCGAGUACCAAAGAACCGAGAGCAGCAUCCGCAUGGAUUUACUUGUCAAUUGAUCAGCCAUCGCCAGCCGCUCGGCGGCCGGAAUUUUACUUUUUUUGUUUCCCCCAUGCGAUCCAUUCAAACCGAGAAUAGGACACUUUGCCUCCGGUCGGGAGAAGCGCACGAGCCCAGCGCUACACGUCGAGGAGCCGCGAUGUUGUCCAUGCGCACGCCAGCGGGAGCUUAGCGCCUCACCUGCACUCCCCCUCCCAGCUUUUAACGCUCACCUCCAAAGACAACAAAAGAACCCCAAAAAAAAAAAAGAGUUCAAGACGUGAUUUUGAGAAAACCCCUCAAAAACUGCUCCUGUUUCUUGUCCGUACAGAAGAUCAGAGGGAGAAUUAAAGCUGAGAGGAGAGCACAAUAAAAAGCAAGGAGCAAAAGAAGGGGUCCCAGGUCGACGGAGGACCAUGUUUGUCCCCCUGCCGGUGCCCUUCGUCUUUCAGAGAACUGCGUCCGACUUCAGCGCCUGGAGACUCAAGUCGUCGCUGGCUCCGCGGUCCAGCCCCGAUAUCAGGAUGUCCAAAGCAGAGGAAGAGAAGGCCGGGCCGGACUACCCCGCCGACGGCUCAGACUCUAACAGAAACAGUCCAGAUGACCAGCCGAUGGAAAGCAGCCCGUUCAGCCUCUCGCCCACACCAGGCAGCAAGGUUAAGGCGGAAGGGAGUUGUGAGAUGACCUGCAGCGCUGUGCUGCCAUCUUCUCAGCAGCAGCAGCAGCAGCAACAGCAGCACCAGCAGGCACAAGCGCAGGCGCAGCACCAUCACACGCAGCUGAUGCUGGCUGGCAGUCAGCUGGCGGGGCUGGCCGCACUCCUGCCGGCCCAGCAGCAGCUGCUCCUGCAGCAGGCCCAAGCUCAGCUCCUGGCGGCUGCUGUGCAGCAGUCCAACGCUGCACACGCCGCUCAUGCCGCGCACGCUGCUCACGCCGCUGCCCAGCAACAGCAGCACCAGAGCCAAACAUCUCAGCAGCAGCAGCAGCAAGCCGCCAAACAGGAAAUGACUGUGCAAGCUCCUCCGCCGCAGCUGGCCCUCUCUCAGCCAAUCCAGCUCACAGCGCAGGACAUCCAGCAGCUGCUCCAGCUCCAACAGCUGGUUCUCAUGCCAGGCCACCCGCUCCAGUCCCCGGCCCAGUUUCUCCUGUCGCAGCCGCCCCCCCAGACUCAGCAACAGCAGCAACAAGCUUUGCUCUCCACAGCAAAUCUUAUCCAGCUACCUCAGCAAAGCUCGACGGGCCUGUUGACCACGACGCCCCGCCUGAGCCUCCAGGCGCAGCAGAGGGAGAAAAGCAGCGAUGCUGCCGGAAACAUCAGCGCCCCACCAGCGUCCACGGGCAUCAGCGGCGUGGGCUUGGCGGCGGUCGGGUCUUCGUCCGGCUCGGCCGCCGCCAUGGCGGCCUCCCUGAACUCGGCCUUGACAGCCGGGAGCCACGCUGGCCACCUGGGGGAGGAGCCCAGCGACCUGGAGGAGCUGGAACAGUUUGCUCGCACGUUCAAGCAGCGACGCAUCAAGCUAGGAUUCACACAGGGCGACGUGGGCGUCGCCAUGGGUAAACUGUACGGCAACGACUUCAGCCAGACCACUAUCUCGCGCUUUGAAGCCCUCAACCUGAGCUUCAAGAACAUGUGCAAGCUCAAGCCUCUACUGGAGAAGUGGCUCGGGGACGCAGAGACCAUGGCAGUGGACAGCAUGCUGCCCAGCCCCUCUUCCAUCUCCUCCCCCCUGCUGGGCUUGGAGGGCCUGGCGGGCCGACGCCGGAAGAAGCGCACCAGCAUCGAGACCAACGUGCGCGUGGCAUUGGAGCGCAAUUUCAACACGAACCAGAAGCCUACCUCGGAGGAGAUCCUACUGAUGGCAGAACAGCUCAACAUGGAGAAGGAGGUGAUCCGCGUGUGGUUCUGCAACCGGCGGCAGAAAGAGAAGCGCAUCAACCCCGCCAGCAGCAGCACGCCGCCGCUGCCCGGCCAGACCUCGCCCGCCGUCACGCACAAAGCCCCCUGCUACAGCCCACACAUGAUAUCCAGUUCAGGUAUCUCUCAGGGCAGCAGCAGCCUCAGCACAACAGCUGCCGCUUUGUCACCGUCGCCCGUCAGCUCUGUGGCAGCAGGUUCCACCUCCUCUUCUUUGACUCCGCCCCCUCAUAGCACAGCCAGCCCCGCCCCUGGUCUGGGUUCUCACGGCCUCAACACUGGAAACACAAUGAUGGGAGUAAGCACAGGAAUGAACCAGGCGCUCAUGAGCAGCAAUCCGCUGGCUACCAUGCAAGCAGCACUGGCAGCCAGCGGUGGUCAGCUGUCAAUCAUGGAGGCAAGUGCGGGUCACAUGAUUCUGGGCAGCGGCCCUGGCGGGGUACCGCAUUCGCUGCACCCCUCGCUCUUCCUCAACCGCCCGGGCCUGCUGCCCAUGGCGACGGGCGCCAUCUCCAUGGUGACCGCGUCCCCGCCCACCAUGGGGCUGGUGAGUGGCCCGGGAGGGGGCGCGCCCCGGCUGGCCUUCGCCCAGUCUUCGCCCGCCGGCGCCGCUCACCUCCUGGGCCCGCCCUCGGGCCCGGAAGACUCGCCCUGCUCCAGCCCCGCUUCAUUCUGUUCCUUCAGCGAAGCCUCGCCGCCGCCCCUGGGCGGGGCUAUGGCCGAGUGACGGCCUAUCAGAAAACGGGGGGGAGCGGAGAAAGGAAGCUUUAAAAAUGUCGCCUUUCAGCCAAAGCCAUCUCUCGACCUCGCCGUUAUUCUCCCAAGCCAAAAAAAGUCGACACAAAAGACAAGGAGGGAUAGCGAGGAGGCAGAGAAGAGGAAAAGGCGACCCGAAACCAAAAAAAAAAAAAAAAAAACACCACGUAGAGCUGAGGAGUGUCAGGAAGUUGACCAAGUGCAUGAUGGGAGGCGACCAACACCAAAAACCAAAAUCUACAAAUACCAAAAACUCAAAACCAAAUAGAAAAAGACAAAAAAAAGAAACGGAGAGAAAAGCUUUAGACGUUUGCAUUCCGACCAACCACGGGAUUGCGUUCCUGCUACAUCCCGACUCCAUUUUCACACAUUCCCAUUUCACUCAGGAUGCUUUGAAUUGAUUUCUCGUCCUCAUCGCUCGUCGUGACACGUAGCGUGACGUUUACAUGCCCAACCUUCUACCUCGCCGAGGCGCCUCUUAUUUUCAUCCCCCGGGAGGAGCAGACGAGUGGGGCUCAUCGCCAGGUUGGCUUCCAAACCCAACCCAAGAUGAAGACGCAACUUACAAGUGCACAAAAGCAAUUACGACCAAACUCACGGAAAAUGGUUCAAGAAGGAAGACAUUUUCCAGAUAUUCUCGCCUUGGAUUUUUUAUUAAAUUCCAGUUUACUAGCAAAGAGCAAAACCCCAAAGCAACUUUCUCUUGAAGUUAUUAUACCCCACCCGCCUGUCCAGAUGGGAUGCGCUUAUCAAACGUCCACUUGUCCCGCUUGCCUUAUUUUCUGUGCCAAAAACAAAAAAGAAACAACAAAGAUAUAUCCGUGGAUCAGGAAGUUCCAUCGCCUUCAUCACCAGCAGCAGGAAGUUUGCUCAAACCAAAGUUUUCAUGCGAGUGCGCACCCUACAGGCAAAUGUGGCCCCUGUCCUUAUUUAUUCAUUUAUUUAUUCAUUUUUUAAAAUUUAUUAUUUACUAUUUAGUUAUUUAUUGACAAUGGCCUCCAUACUUCAUCAUCUCCAUCAUCAUCUUCAUCAUCUCCCAGCAGACCGUCACUCUCGGAUACCAAAGCCUGGCCUGUGGCAGCCGCUGUCUCACCUGAGACUGCAAACACACACACACACACGCCCAAACUGAAGAGGAGGAGGAGGAGGUGACGCACUGACCUGCCCUCCAUCCUUUGCUCCCAUCCCUCCCUCCCUCCCUCCUUCCUUUUGUCUCCAAAGAUCUUCGCUUCAAAGGACCAAAAAGUAGAUGAAGAGGAGGAGGAGGAGCUGCAGGUGUUUAAAGAGGAAAAGCAAGAGGUGCACUGGGAGCAGGAAAACCAAAAACAACGGGGAAAAAAAAACAAAGCAAA